AUGGGCCUUGGUAAGACGGUUCAGACAAUCUCAUUUCUUGCCACCAUCAAUCCAAAGGUGCAAGUGGGCCGCACAUUAUCAUCGCGCCCGCUGCCAUCUCUGCUCAGUGGUUCAAGGCUAUUGGUGACUGGGUUGACGCAAACACCUUCAAAACGAUCUUCUAUCAAGGCGAUGGCAGAUUACGAUAUUGUGGUCACCAGCUACAACACUCUUCAGCAAGAGUACGCGAAACGUGAUGAAUUUUUCGUGCUUCGAAACACUGCUCAGGAGGGGCAACUCGCGCGAAGAUUGGAGGCAACGGAGGCAGUAGCUGUUGAGCGACCUCAAAAGCUAGCGUGUGUCUACAACGAAAAGUUUACUAUAUAUAUCUCGGCCACCAGGCUUCAGAACCGGUACGAAGACAUUGGCGGAAUGAUUUAUGUCCUGGGUUUCUGGCCACUUUGCGACCGGGACUAUUACAAGAAGCACUUUUCCGACAACGUAAAGGGUGAAGAUGGCUUCGCCACUCUUACCCCUGAAGCUAUCGAAGCUAUUCGGUUUGAAAUCCUGUCUACCGUGGUUUCCGCUUUCUCUAUCCGUAGGAGGAUACAUGACCUUUUUGACGGGAAGAAAAUUCUCGAGCUUCCACCUUUGCUGGAACCUCAGAUCAUAGAACUACGGCUUGAGAAGAAGUUGCCGCUGAACUAG